UGGGCUCGAGAACGAAGGAGCGCCAUGAUUCACGCCCUCUCCCUCCCCGCCAAAACCACUCCCCCGCUCCCUCUGAAACCCUUCUCCCCUUGUCACCCCAAAACCCCCAUCACCACCACCGUCCCCCAAACCCCAGCAGCCACCAAACACCCGGCCCUCGAGCCCCUGAAGCGCCGCGCCAUCGGCCUCGCCGAUCGCGGCCGCCUCGACGAUGCCCUCUCCGCCCUCGACCUCAUGGCCCGCCGCGGCGUCCCGGCCGACCUUGUCACCUACUCCAUCCUCCUCCGCUCCUGCAUCCGCUCCCGCGACCUCGCCCGCGGCCGCCUCCUCCAUCGCCGCCUCCUCGAUUCCGCCCUUCCCCUGGACUCCGUCGUCACCAACUCCCUUAUCACCCUCUACUCCAAAUGCGGCGAUUGGGACGCCGCCUGCUCCAUCUUCGAGGAAAUGGGCAGCCGAAGAAAUCUAGUUUCCUGGACCGCCAUGAUCUCCAGCGCGGCCCAGAAUGGGAUGGAAGAAACAGCCAUAGAGAUGUUCCGCGAAAUGCUCGAAAUGGGGUUUAGCCCGAAUGAGUUCAGCUUCUCUAGCGUCAUUCAAGCUUGCUCGAAUACGAAGUUCAUGUCGGUUGGGAAAGUGGUUCUUGGAUCUGUGUCCAAAAUGGGAUUUUUCCCGUGGGAUGUAUCAGUUGGGUGUGCUCUGAUCGAUAUGUUUGCGAAGACCCACGACUUGGUUUCAGCUCGCAAGGUCUUCGACAGAAUGCUCGAUAGGAACUUGGUCGCUUGGACCCUGAUGAUCACGAGAUUCGGGCAACAUGGCUGUGGAAAAGAAGCAAUCAGUUUGUUCGUAGAUAUGGUGCUCGACGGGUUCGAGCCUGACCGCUUUACCAUGAGCAGCGUGAUCUCUGCUUGCACCGAGCUGGAGUCCAUUAAGUUGGGGCAGCAACUGCACUCUCUAGCGAUUCGAAAUGGAUUUGCCUCCGACACCUGCAUAGGUUGCAGCCUCAUAGACAUGUAUGCAAAAUGUGCAGUAGGGGUAUCGAUGGAUGAUUCAAGGAAGGUUUUUGAUCGGAUGCCUGAGCAUAACGUCAUGUCGUGGACAGCGGUGAUAUCAGGCUAUGUGCAAAGUGGAGGGCAUGAUGAGGAAGCAAUAAAGCUCUUGUGCGAGAUGAUGCAGGGAAGAGUUUGGCCAAACCAUUUUACCUAUUCUUGCAUUCUCAAGGCAUGUGCCAGUCUAUCUGAUCCUGAGAUGGGGGAACAGGUCCAUGCACAUGUUGUGAAAUCAGGUCUAGCAUCGGUAAAUUUCGUAGGUAACUCUUUAGUCAGCAUGUAUGCACGGUCAGGUAGGAUGGAAGAUGCCAUCAAAGCUUUUGAUGUACUGUAUGAAAAGAAUAUCAUUUCAUACAAUGCCGUUAUUGAUGGUUAUUUGAAGAAUUCCAAUGCCGAAGAAGCCCUCGAGCUCCUUCAUCAAACUGAGAGCAUGGACAUUGGAGUAAGUGCUUUUACAUUUGCUAGUCUUUUGAGUUCUGCUGCAAGCAUUGGAAUGAUGAGCAAGGGCCAGCAGAUGCAUGCCCAGCUACUAAAGACAGGAUUUGGAUUGGAUAAGGGUAUUGGUAAUUCACUUAUAUCUAUGUAUUCUAGGUGUGGAGACAUAGAGGAUGCUUGCCGAGUUUUCUAUGAGAUGGAUGAUCAUAAUGUGAUCUCAUGGACGUCGAUGAUCACAGGUUUUGCUAAGCAUGGGUAUGCAAACCGAGCACUCAGGUUGUUCCAUGAGAUGAUCUCAACUGAGGCUAAGCCAAAUGAGGUCACUUACAUUGCUGUUCUAUCUGCUUGUGGCCAUGCGGGUCUAGUUAAGGAAGGGUGGGAGCACUUCUACACCAUGCAAAGGGAUCAUGGGAUUAUUCCAAGGAUGGAGCAUUAUGCU